GUUACAAGUCAACAAGCAAGGUGCGACUGAAGGCCACCUCUCAAGGCAUUUUAGCUGCACUUUCCGAGACAGGGCAGAAACCCAGAAAAAGGGGGUAAAUGAACCACAUCUUCAAGACUCCAGCAACACAUUAAUGAUAAAUCUCAUCGAAUCAAAUUGCAAAAUUUGAAAGAAAUCCAUUUUUAUAAUCUCAUAUAAUGAUGAGUGUUAGAAGCAAUCCAUCCCCAGCUGCACCACCACCACAAGAAGAUGCUUGGAUUGCUUCUCACCGAAGGCUGCUUCCUCACUGGCACUCUGUUUCUCUUUCUCACCAGCAUUCCGCUUUACCGAUACCAAUAUCUAGAGUUAAUCAAUUUGAUGCUUCUAGAUUGGAUAUUGAGAUGUCAGCCAUGUUGAAAGAACAGCUGGUUAAAGUUUUCUCCUUGAUGAAGCCAGGAAUGUUAUUUCAGUAUGAACCAGAACUCGAUGCUUUCCUUGAGUUCCUCAUUUGGAGGUUUUCAAUCUGGGUAGAUAAGCCAACUCCGGGAAUUGCAAUUAUGAAUCUGAGGUAUAGAGAUGAACGUGCUAUGGCAUUACGAGGAAAUGUAAGAACAGGUCUGGAAGGGCGUGGGUUAACUGCUGCUCAGAAGAUGUGGUAUUGCAUUGCUGCAGUGGGUGGUCAGUACAUUUGGGCCCGUUUACAGUCAUUCUCUGCUUUCCGCAGAUGGGGUGAUUCUGAGCAGAGGCCAUUAGCACAACGAGUUUGGGGUUUGAUGCAACGUAUAGAAGGGCUUUACAAGGCUGCAUCGUUUGGGAACCUACUCGUAUUUCUUUUCACCGGAAGGUAUAGAAGCCUUAUUGAAAGAGCAUUAAGAGCAAGGCUUGUCUACACGAGCCCUGUUAUGAAUCGAGCCGUUAGUUUUGAGUACAUGAAUCGCCAGUUAGUGUGGAAUGAGUUCUCGGAGAUGCUGUUGCUGCUUCUCCCUCUUCUUAACUCAUCAACUGUUAAAAGUUUUCUUCACCCUUUCUCAAAGGACAAAUCUUCAAGCUCUAAAGAGGAUGACUCUAUUUGUCCCAUUUGUCGGGCAAGUCCAACACUCGCUUAUCUCGCUCUCCCAUGCCAGCAUCGGUAUUGCUACUACUGCCUUAGAACACGAUGUGCCGCGGUUCCCUCAUUCCGGUGUUCCAGAUGCAGCGAGCCUGUCGUGGCGAUGCAGCAGUACGGCAAUGUUGUUGAGCAUAAACCUCGCAGUCAGUAGCUUUAAUAGGAAAGGGGUAAAAGCGGAAAAAAAA